AUGAACCCCGAGCACGAGGCGCAAGUUAAGAAACGCGUUCUGUGGAAAAUCGACUACAUCCUGCUUCCGGCUUACUCGUGGAUCACGUCCAUCACCAACAUCGGCUACGUGGUAGGCGCGUACCCGUCGACCUACCGCCUGCAGAAGUACCCGAUCGGCAAGUUCAUAUCCAUCAAGCGCCUCUCGUGGGGCAACAUCCUAACCGCAGCCGUCGGCGCGCGGAACUUCGCCGGCAUGAUGGUCUUGCGCUUCAUCCUCGGCGCCCUCGAGGCGUGCAUCGCCCCUGCCUGGAUGCUCAUCACUAGCAUGUUCUGGAUCAGGGGCGAGAAAGCCCGCCGCGUGUGCAUCUGGCUCGGCACCAACGACGUCCCCCUCAUGCUCGGCGCCGGUAUCUCGUGGGGUCUCGGACACACGAACCCUCAUUUAGAGCCGUGGCAGCUCAUUUUUCCCUGUAUCGGCGCUAUCACUCUCGCCGUCGGGGCAAUCUCGCUCUCUCUCUUCCCGUCUAGCCCCACUGACUUCAUGCUAUUUAGCAAGGAGGAGAGGAUCGUGUCGGUGUGGCGUGUGGCGGGAACCUAG